AUGGGGUAUCAAAAUCAUCCUUCGGGAAGUAACUCGUUCCAUGGAGAGUUCAAGAGUUGUCACUCCAAACCGUCCAAGGGUGCUGUGGCAUCCAUGAUCAAUUCUGAAAUUGGUGCAGUUUUGGCUGUGAUGAGGAGAAAUGUACGGUGGGGUGUACGCUAUAUUGCAGAUGAUGAUCAGUUAGAGCAUUCUCUUAUCCAUUCUUUGAAAGAAUUGCGUAAGCAGAUAUUUUUGUGGCAAAGCAAUUGGCAAAAUGUUGACCCGAUACUGUACAUACGGCCUUUUUUGGAUGUUAUAUUGUCGGAUGAAACUGGGGCUCCAAUCACUGGCGUUGCUUUGUCAUCUGUCUACAAGAUCUUGACCCUUGACAUUUUUACCCUUGAAACCGUGAAUGUGGGAGAGGCAAUGCAUAUCAUAGUUGAUGCUGUAAAAAGCUGUCGUUUCGAGGUAACUGAUCCAGCCUCAGAGGAAGUUGUUCUGAUGAAGAUACUUCAAGUUCUGCUGGCUUGCAUAAAGAGUAAGGCCUCUAGUGGAUUGAGUAAUCAAGACAUUUGCACCAUCGUCAACACUUGUUUGCGUGUUGUUCAUCAAUCAAGCUCCAAAAGUGAAUUGUUGCAGCGUAUAGCUCGCCACACAAUGCAUGAGUUGAUUAGAUGUAUAUUCUCUCAGCUUCCUUCUAUCAUCCCCUUGGCUAAUGAAACUGAAUUACAUGUCAGCGAUAAGGUGGGAACAGUGGACUGGGAUCAGAAUUCUGGAGAAAGCAAAGUUGAAAAUGGAAAUAUUGCUAGUGUAUCUGAUUCUCUCGGCACUGAAAAAGAUUCUCCAAGUUCUGAGAUGGUUAUUCCAGAAGCAGAAGUUCGAAAUGAUGAAAAGAAAACUGAGGUCAACGAUGACUUGAAUGUUGCUGCAAAUGUUGAAAAUGCAAUGAUGGCGCCUUUUGGUAUUCCAUGCAUGGUAGAGAUUUUUCAUUUCUUGUGUAACCUAUUGAAUGUUGGAGAAAAUGGUGAAGUCAAUUCCAGAUCCAACCCAAUAGCGUUUGAUGAAGAUGUUCCUCUUUUCGCUCUAGGCUUAAUUAAUUCUGCUAUAGAACUUGGAGGGCCUUCUUUCCGUGAGCACCCAAAGCUGUUGAAUUUGAUUCAGGAUGAGUUAUUCUCUAGCUUGAUGCAGUUUGGUGUGUCCAUGAGCCCUCUGAUUCUUUCUACAGUUUGCAGCAUCGUUCUUAAUCUCUACCUAAAUCUUCGUACUGAGCUUAAGGUACAGCUUGAAGCUUUCUUUUCAUAUGUACUUCUGAGGAUUGCACAGAGCAAACAUGGCUCUUCUUAUCAGCAACAGGAGGUUGCUAUGGAGGCUAUGGUUGAUCUUUGCAGACAGCAUACUUUCAUGGCUGAAGUGUUUGCAAAUUUCGAUUGUGAUAUAACUUGCAGUAAUGUGUUUGAAGAUGUUUCAAACCUGCUAUCCAAGAGUGCCUUCCCAGUUAAUGGGCCUUUAUCUGCUAUGCAUAUACUUGCAUUGGAUGGGUUAAUUUCUAUGGUUCAGGGAAUGGCUGAGAGGGUGGGUGAGGAAUUGCCCUCUACAGAUGUUCCUACACAUGAAGGAUAUGAAGAAUUCUGGACAGCGAGAUGUGAGAAUUACGGAGAUCCUAAUUUUUGGGUUCCUUUUGUCCGAAAGGCAAAGCAUAUAAAGAAAAAGCUGAUGCUUGGGGCUGAUCAUUUUAACCGUGAUCCUAGAAAAGGCUUACAGUAUCUCCAAGGGAUGAACUUGUUGCCUAAGGAACUUGAUCCAAAGAGUGUGGCAUGUUUCUUCAGGUAUACAUGUGGGUUAGAUAUGGAUCUUAUAGGAGAUUUCCUCGGAAGUCAUGACCAGUACUGUGUUCAGGUGCUUAAUGAGUUUGCCAAGACGUUCGACUUCCAGAACAUGAAUCUUGCUACUGCUCUGCGUCUCUUUGUAGGUACCUUUAGGUUGCCUGGCGAGGCACAGAAGAUACAGAGAGUGCUGGAGGCGUUUUCUGAGAGAUACUAUGAACAGUCACCACAUAUACUGAUUAAUAAAGAUGCUGCCUUCGUGUUAGCUUACUCGAUUAUAUUGCUGAACGUUGAUCAGCACAACAAGCAGGUGAAGACAAGGAUGACUGAAGAAGAUUUCAUCCGUAACAACAGGGAGAUAAAUGGAGGCGCAGACCUUCCUAGAGAGUACCUAUCUGAGAUUUAUCAUUCAAUUAGCAGCAGAGAAGAUGCCAGAGCGAGAAUGGCUACUGAAGCUGUUUUCUUGAUUGCAAAUAAAUAUGGUGACUAUGUCAGUUCGGGCUGGAAAAACAUACUGGAAUGUGUCUUGAGCCUCAAUAAACUCCAGAUUCUACCAGUUCAUAUAGCUAGUGAUGCAGCGGAUGACCCAGAGCCGUCAACUAGUAACUUGGAGCAAGAAAAACCAUCCACAAAUCCGCUGUCAGUAGUAUCACAGCCACAACCCUUAGCGGCGCCUCGCAAGUCAUCUAGUUUUAUUGGUCGGUUUCUUUGGUCUUUGGAUGUGGAGGAGACGAAUGCAUUACCAACCGAGGAAGAACUGGUAGUUUAUAAACAUGCUCGUGGGAUAGUGAAAGAUUGUCACAUUGAUAGCAUAUUCUCAGACAGCAAGUUUCUCCAAGCUGAGUCUCUGCAGCAGCUUGUUAACUCUCUCAUAAAAGCACCCGAGAAAGAUGAAGCUAGUGCUGUCUUUUGCCUGGAGCUUCUGAUUGCAGUAACUCUUAACAACCGAGACAGAAUCCUAUUGAUUUGGCAAACUGCUUAUGAGCAUAUCUCGGGUAUAGUUCAAUCAACGUCAACACCAUGCGCACUUGUUGAAAAGGCUGUUUUUGGUGUUUUGAAGAUUUGCCAGAGAUUAUUGCCAUACAAGGAAAAUCUAACAGAUGAACUUCUGAAAUCACUCCAACUGGUUCUCAAGCUUAAGGCGAACGUGGCUGAUGCAUACUGUGAACGAAUUACACAAGAAGUUGCCCGUCUUGUAAAAGCGAAUGCAUCUCAUAUUAGAUCUUAUAUUGGUUGGCGAACGAUCGUAUCUCUGCUAUCAAUCACAGCUCGGCAUCCAGAAGCUUCUGAUGCUGGAUUUGAAGCCCUCCGGUUUAUAAUGUCAGAAGGAGCACACUUGUUACCUUCAAACUACAUUCUCUGUUUAGAUGCAGCUGGGCAGUUUGCUGAAUCCCGACUUGGUGAUAUUGAUCGGUCCAUCUCAGCAAUUGACUUAAUGUCAAACUCUGUUUUCUGUCUUGCAAGAUGGUCUCAGGAGGCGAAAAACUCUUUUGGGGAAGAUGAUGCUAUGAUGAAACUAAGUCAAGAUAUUGGAGAAAUGUGGCUCAGACUUGUGGAAAACCUCAAGGCAGUUUGUCUUGAUCAACGCGACCAAGUGAGAAACCACGCAAUUUUAAUGUUGCAACGAGCUAUAGCCGGUGCAGAAGGGAUCAUGUUACCACAACCUCUAUGGUUCAAAUGCUUCGAUUCCUCAGUCUUCCCAUUGCUAGACGAUUUGCUCGCUAUUUCGAUUGAGAAUUCAAAAAAGACUUUCAAGAAAACAGUUGAAGAAACGCUUGUUCUCGCCACGAAGCUCAUGUCAAAAGCUUUUCUUCAAUCUCUUGAAGAUAUCUCACAGCAACCAUCAUUCUGUAGACUCUGGCUCGGUGUGUUGAACCGUUUGGAGACUUACAUGUCAACCAAAUUCAGAGGAAAACGCAGCGAGAAGAUCCAUGAACUCAUACCGGAACUGCUCAAGAACACGUUGCUGGUGAUGAAGACGACGGGAGUUUUAUUACCUGGUGAUGACAUCGGAAGUGACAGUUUCUGGCAACUAACGUGGCUUCACGUCAAGAAGAUAUCUCCUUCUCUGCAAUCUGAAGUUUUCCCACAAGAGGAGCUUGAUCAGUUUCAGAGACGAAACGCAAAGCCUGAGGAUUCUCCGGCACCGGAAAAUGAGGCCCGAGACUGA